CAUCAUUUACCUAUAUAGCUUUCUCUUAUCCCCAUCAAACCAGUUAAAAAGAGAAAGGCUCCACUAGAUCAGAUCGAGAACCAGCAGCAAUGAGGAAGCCUGAUCCAAAUAUGGGAAAAGACAGAGUUAUCAAUAACAAGAUCAAGCUGAGGAAGGGAUUGUGGUCACCAGAAGAGGAUGAGAAACUCAUGAAGUACAUGUUAACCAAUGGACAAGGCUGUUGGAGUGACAUUGCUAGGAAUGCUGGUCUGCAGAGGUGUGGCAAGAGUUGUCGUCUUCGUUGGAUUAAUUACUUAAGACCUGAUCUUAAGCGUGGCGCCUUCUGUCCCCAAGAAGAGCAGCUUAUCAUACAUUUGCAUUCCAUCCUUGGCAACAGGUGGUCCCAAAUCGCGACUCGUCUUCCAGGAAGGACAGAUAAUGAAAUAAAGAAUUUCUGGAACUCCACGCUAAAGAAAAGAUUGAAAAAUAACACCUGCACAUUCUCGCCACCCAACAACAGUGAUUCAUCGGAGCCCAGAGAUGUUGUAGGAGGGAUUUUUCCUGUGCAUGAUCAUGACAUGAUGACCUUAUGCAUGGACUCAACUUGUUCAUCAUCAACAUCGAUGCCGCCAAUGGUUACAGGAAACCAAUUCGAUCCGUUUCCUGUGCUCAAUAACCGUUAUGAUAUGACGGGUACAGCGUGUUUAUUUGAUGUGCCCACAUGCUUAACACAAGGUGCUAUGGGAGAGGCCUUUUAUGGGGAUUUCGGGAUUUUAGAGCCUGGAAAAAUAGGGUUGGAAGGGGACUUUUCUCUUCCACCACUUGAGAGUCGAAGCAUUGAAGAGAGUAAUGCUGUCAAUAACAGCAUUGAAAUGAAAAGCAAUAACAACCACUACAAUAAUACUUGCUUAAGCAACACUGAUCAGAGCUAUAAAGUAGGGGACAUGUUUGGGUUAGAAAAUCAUCAUUGGCAAGGAGAAAACUUAAGGAUGGGAGAAUGGGAUUUAGAGGGUUUGAUGGAUAAUAUAUCUUCCUUUACUUUCCUUGAUUUCCACGUUGAAUAACUGCUUACACUUAGAGCCUCGGCCUCCAUCUUAAUUUCGGAUCUAUCCAAAGCCAUAUAUGGGGAAUUUUGGGCAGACAUUCUUUUCCAACAUCACCAAAAUUAUACUUGAAGCCUCUCGUUUGCUGCAUUUCUCCUCGCCAUCUCAGAGCCUUCAUUUCUUUUUCCUCUUAUCUUUCUUGGUUCUUCAUAUUAUCCUUUGUUUUAUUAUUAAUUUGGUUUCUUUUAGACUUGAAAAUUUAUACACCGAAGCCUCCUUAAUUUUGGACGUCUGGGAAUAAACAAAAAUAUUGGGGAUUAGCACAGCGGGAGAUUUGGUGGGGCGUACGUAAUAUUUGAGUUUCAGCAUGAGGCAGUUUGGUCAUUUAGCAGGGCGGGACGUUUGGUGCAAGCAAGAAGCCUGGUUCCCUUCUAAGAGAAAUGUGAAUAGUACAGAAUUAGAGAGUCAAAAUAAAGAUUAUAGUGGUUGAAUUGUAGUUUCAAUUUCGUGUACAAAAUAGGGGAAUAAUUUGAAGGUGGAAAUUGUUAUUAGUGGAAGCAGUUGAGAAGGAUGGAUGCAAGUGAAGUAAUGCAAAUUACGUAAACACACGUUAAUAAUAAGCAAAAUAGAAGUGCUGUCUCUUUUCCAAGUGUAUAAUAAAUGAUCAAGUUCUUGAACAAUGACGUUAUGAACUUAUAUGUCAUCU